AUGGCACAAGCUCGUGCAGCAGGCAGUGUCGCCGGUGCCGGCGCAUCUCCGCAUAGCAUCAGUCUUAAGGUGCUUAGGCUGUCCCACCCAUCACUAUCGCCGGCACAUACACUCCCCGGAGACGACCUAAUCGCAAGAGCCUCACUGCCCUACCCUGCUGCGCCGAAUGAUGCCUUCCCGCUCUCACCGUUGCUGGCACUGCCUCCUGCCUUUGGUGCUGCCUACGUGGGCACCGUUUUCUCUUGCACGUUAUGCGCGAACAACGAACUCCCGCCAUCAUCUCCUAUUGUCGUACGAGAUGUACAACUAAGUGCCGAACUGCAAGUGCCGAGUGGUAGCAUUGCAUUGGAUCUCGAAGGACCAGACACUGUAGAGGGGCAAGAUACACAGCCUGCACAGACACUACAGAGGAUUGUACGGCACGAACUACGCGAAGAUGGACCUCAUGUCCUAGCCGUCACCGUCACCUACCAAGAAACUCGAGACGAUGCCACAAACAAGCGGACAUUUAGGAAGCUGUAUCAGUUUGUCGCGCAACCUGCUCUGGGUGUAAGGACAAAGGUAGGCGAUCUCGCAGCCAGAAAGGAUGUACCCAAUGCGCGGAGAUUUGUACUAGAAGCUCAACUUGAGAAUCUCACCGAAACACCAAUCGUGUUGGAAAAGGCCAUCGUUAGCACGGCUCAGGGCCUUACAAGCAAGAGCCUGAAUUGGACUGCAACAGAUGAGAACCCUAUAUUGAGUCCUCAAGACGUCAUGCAAGUCGCGUUUACCUUCGAGCAGACUCAGGGAGAGGAUCUGGACGAGAAGAAUGGCAGAACAGUUCUUGCUCAACUCCAUGUCGACUGGAGAAGCCCAAUGGGGGAAAAGGGUAGUUUGACGACAGGCUGGCUAGGCAGUAGAGCAAGGUGA